GUGGCCGCGUCUCCCCGCCGCCAUGAUGAACAAAUGACCUCGCGGGGAAUGAAAUUUAAAUUCCACAGAGGGGAGCGAGUUCUCUGCUUCGAGCCGGACCCCACCAAGGCGAAGGUGCUGUAUGAUGCCAAGAUUGUUGACAUUGUUAUUGGAAAGGAUGAGAAAGGAAGAAAGAUUCCAGAAUAUCUGAUCCAUUUUAAUGGUUGGAACAGAAGCUGGGACAGAUGGGCAGCCGAAGAUCAUGUUCUUCGUGAUACUGAUGAAAACCGCAGAUUACAACGUAAAUUGGCAAGGAAAGCUGUGGCUCGCAUGAGAAGAAAAGGGAAGAAGGGGCGUUGCAGGUUGCCUGGUGUUGAUUCUGUGUUGAAAAGCCUUCCUGCUGAAGAGAAUGAUGAAAGUAGUGGAAACUCAGCUAUAAGCAGUUCUUCUGAUGACAGCGAUGAAGGCACAGAUGAAGAAAUAAAAAGUGAAGAAAGUGAUGUUGAUGAGAAGACAGAAAUGAAAGAAGAACAAGAGACUCAUGCUAAAAGGGAGAUGGAAGAAAAAGCAAUAAAUAUUGAAAUUCCUGAAAUCUUAAAAAAGAAGCUGGAAGAAGAUUGUUACUAUAUUAACAGGAGAAAACGGCUGGUGAAACUGCCAUGUCAGACAAAUAUAAUAACCAUCCUGGAGUCAUACGUGAAGCAUUUUGCCAUUAAUGCUGCUUUUUCAGCCAAUGAAAGAUCUCGCCACCAUCAAAUGUCUUCACAUGCUAACUUGAAUCUCCACUAUGUCCCUCCAGAAAAGAAUGUUGAGUUAUGCAAAGAAAUGGUGGAUGGGCUCAGAAUCACCUUUGACUUCACUCUUCCACUGAUUUUACUCUAUCCAUAUGAGCAAGCCCAAUUUAAGAAGGUCACUUCUUCCAAGUUCUUUCUUCCAAUCCAAGAGUGUGUAGCAAAUACUAACAGAAAUCAAGAAGAGCUUUCCCCAAGUCCACCUCUUCUGAAUCCAUCAACUCCACAGUCCACGGACAGUCAACCUGUAGCAGGAGAGUCUGCAACACCAAAGCGGCGGAAAACUGAACCUGAAAUCUUGCAGUCUCUCAGGCGUUCUACCCGUCAUACAUCCAAUUGUGACAGACUGUCGGAAAGUAGUGCUUCUCCGCAACCAAAGAGACGGAAUAUUGAGACUCCUGCUUCAAUGCCAAAAUUGUUUUUGCAUCUUGAAAAGAAAACUCCUGUCCACAGUGGGUCCUCUUCGCCCAUUACCUUGACUCCCAGUAAAGAAGGCAGUGCAGUAUUUGCUGGUUUUGAAGGCAGACGAAACAAUGAACUGAACGAGGUGUUGUCAUGGAAACUCAUGCCAGAGAACUAUCCCCUAGAUGAUCAACCACCACCACCCUCUUACAUUUACGGGUCUCAGCAUUUGCUACGAAUGUUUGUAAAGCUUCCAGAGAUUCUUGGGAAGAUGAGCUUUCCUGACAAAAACUUAAAGGCAUUAGUAAAGCACUUUGAAUUGUUCCUAAGGUUUUUAGCAGAAUAUCACGAUGACUUCUUCCCAGAAUCUGCUUAUGUUGCUGCUUGUGAGGCCUACUAUAGCACAAAGAAUCCACGUGCCAUCUACUGAAGAUAUGACUAUUGCUAUAACCCAGUUGUACAUACUCCAUGACUUACUGCAUUACUACUUCAGAAUGAGGAGAAAAAAUGGAAGUGUGUCAUCAUUCUGAUAUCUCAAAAGUUCCUUCAACGUUGUCGUUGUUUUGACAUGAAUGCAUCUUUUUCUCAUUUCGAAGUUAUGCUGACAUUGCAUUCUAGUGCUAGAUAACCUUCAUUGCCAGAUAAAUGAAGCUCUGCAUUGACUGCUAAUGCAUAGAACUGGAUCCGACAGAAGCAAGGAAAAGGAAUAAAAACAGACUUCGUGAGAAUUAACUUUAUGCCGCAUUCCACUUUAACAUAAGCUCACUUCGGUUUGAACUCUCCCAACAUCACCUCGGUGUUUAAGAUGCAUGCAGAAGGGGCAUAUUGUACAGGCUUUCUUUUUCACAUUUGGAAUUCAUGUUUCAUUACAGGAAGCGA